AUGAACCAUUUGACCCGGGAGCAGGCCCGGGCCGUUGUGGACAAUGUCCGGGUGAUAAACGGAGGCUUGACGGCCGAGGUUCAAAAUGCGCUACCUAGAGAAGCAAAGGAAGCGUUUAAAAACCUGCAAAGCAUGGCGGGCGGCUCGAUUGUGCAUGUAGCCGAAGAUUUGUACGACGCGGAUACACGGUUCAUCUUUGAGCUGAUUCAGAAUGCAGAAGAUAAUCGUUAUGCUCAUGCUGCUAGUCGUGGCGAGGAGCCAUCUCUCCAUUUCACGUUACACCAAGGACAUAUCACAGUGGACACGAACGAGGAUGGGUUCUUGGAGGAUGAUGUGCGGGCUAUAUGCAGUAUUCACCGAAGCACCAAGAAACAAACAGGCGGCUAUAUCGGCCAUAAGGGCAUUGGUUUCAAAUCGGUCUUCAAGAUCGCUUAUAAGGUGCAGAUCCAGUCAGGAUCAUUCUGCUUCUCUUUUGAGCACCAUAAGGGGGAGAGUGGGUUAGGGAUGAUCACCCCACUUAAUGAGACCCCCGAGGAUCUUCCUGCAGGAGUAACUACGCGAAUAUCACUUUUCCUGAUACAACCCGAGAACUACGGAGCCCGAGCAAACGAGCUGCUGGAACUCCCAGACACGAUCUUACUGUUUGUCCGUAAGCUGCGGAAACUGACAGUCGAGAUAGUCGGCCUUGAGUCUCGAAUUACCUACCAACGCCACGAGGAUACAUCACGGCAUGUGGCUACACUUGUAAAAGACACGAAUGGCAAUAAGGAGGAGAAAUUCUAUCAUCUAGAAAAGACAAUUCUUCAUGACCUCCCAAAGCAUCACAGCCGCCCCGCACAACAUGAGGCAGAGGUCAUUCUUGGUUUCCCAAUAGACGUCGCAUCCAGCCCCCUCAUUGAACCGCAGUACGUAUAUUCAUUUUUACCCAUGCGCCAUGAGGGGCUUAAUUUCAUCAUUCAGUCCGACUUCAUCACUCAGGCUAAUCGCCAAGGGAUUCAUCAGUGCCCUAGAAACUAUGCCAUUCGUGAGGGGAUUGUUGAUUUGUUUGUACAAGCUGCCCGUAACUUCUGCAGUCACCAGACACUUAAAUACGACUGGUUGCAGUAUCUCCCAGGGCUGCACAUUCAGGACCACUUCUGGGCCGAUCUUCGGGACAUGGUUUUUGACGCCCUCAAGGAGUCGAAGAUCCUCCUUUCAUGUAAAGGUGUCUUGAAUCACCCGCAAGACCUUCAACGACUAUCUCCUCGACAUUGCGAUCGGGAUGGCCAGCCUCUGUUGGAUGACAUAGAUCCUGAAGCCUAUCUUUCGAUGGACUAUGAUUGGUCCACGCACGCUGAGAAUUUGAUAGAGCUGGGGGUAACCAACCUAUCCUUUAAGAAUAUACUUGACCGACUGGACCCAUACCUCCAAGGACCGUUUCCGCGAUUCCUCGACCCGACCUUGGACGACGACUGGCACACAAGGCUAGCGGUUCUGCUAACACGCGCUAUCACAAGGGACAAUAACAAGUCUACAUUAACUGAGCGAAUCAAAAGAAUGGCCCUUAUUCCCAUGUCAGAUGGCCGUCUUUUGUCUGCGUCUUCCACUGAUAUAUUCUUCCCCAAGGACAACGUAGGAAAUCUCAUUCCGGACGAUCUGAAACUGGACAUUGUUAAAAGAGACGCUUUUGAGGAUCCGGAGAGACGGAAGCUUAUAGUAACAUUGGGAGUAAAGGGCUGCACACCAGCCCGAGUCGUCCAGGCUAUUCUGGGGAAGUACAAUUCUGCUACUGGUCAUACCCUGACGAGCUCUGUCAAUCACUUGGUUUACCUUUUCAAAACCCUGAGAAAAAAGGACAAGCUCGAUAACCGGGUUUUCAUCAUGGAUCAGAUGGGCAAGCGUAUCUAUCAUACUUUUGUCCUUUUCGGUGCCGAUAUAAUUGUGGACGACGUGUAUUUCGAAACAGUGGGAGAUUAUGGCACAAAGGAUCUUUCCCGGAGGCUGCGCUGCGUACCUGAAGGACAGGAAAACGUUGACAUUGACAUACAUAUCAUUCAUGAUGCAUAUAUAAGUGCGGUUCCACCUGAAGCCCGUAGUAAUGGCCGUUCUUGGGAGCAGUGGCUGGAAGAGGUGGCACUGGUGCGCCGUAUUCCGAGACUAAAACAUCGCCAGCAGGACCGAUUAUCCACAUUAUGUCAGUUGAUUGCGAAGCACCAACCGAUGACCUUGGUAUGGACCUUGAAGACACAUUGGAAUAGCUACAGAGACGAACUUACAACUGGGGUGAUUAAUGGCAUUGAAUCGACCAAAGUGGCUUGUCGGAAUUCAGUUAACCUCAAGCAACUCGGGUUGACCUAUUUCCCCUCAGCCGAAUUAAGAAGGCUUUGCUCUGAAGCACACGUUGAUAAUCUUUUCGGCCGCUUCCUGGAUGUACCUGCUGGCUUGGCUAGGGAUGACACUAGUGAAUGGGGCUUUCUCGCCUCGUUUGGAGUACGCUUCGACCCAGACCUCCCAAUGUUCGCUGAAAUAUGCCACUGGCUGGCGGUCACUAGCAUUAGCAACCCACCACAGACAGCUUUAUUCAAGAUGUACAAGGAAAUUUCAAUUCGGUUCUCUGAUGAAGAUCCCGAGGAUAUACAAGACUAUUGUUUCCGGAGUCGCUCAAUUAUCUAUAUACCAGUAGCCACGGGGGAGCCUCCCUUUUUGGCAUCACUCAACGAUUGUAUCUGGAAAGGACACCCCUGGCUUCGGACAAAGCACCCUCUCGCCAUUCAUGAUCAAUAUUCUAAUGACCCCCAUAUGGUAUAUUUGUUCAAAACCAAACUCGGACUUCCCGAUGCCGACCUUCAUACAUAUUUGAGCGAGCUGCGAUCGCGCAAAAGUGAUCUCAAUGUGCUCAUGGAUGAUGACCUACACAAUAUAUACAGCGUGAUCUGGCAGAACAUACGGGAGCCCAAGGACCAUGACCGAACUCGGCAUAUGUGUACAGAGCAAAAUCUAGUGUAUCUGCCUGCAGAACGAGCUUGGCUGACGCCAGCAUCUUGUGUCUGGGCAGACGCCCAAAGGAUCGGAGAACAAUACGGAAUCAGCGCAGUGUAUCCGGAGCUGGAAGACUUCUUCCGGAUUACACUCAAAGUGCAGGUUCCCACCACAGCAACUUACAUAGAGCAACUUCGGAGAUUAGCCUCCCAUGACCCCGAGAAUGUGGCAGAGAUCAAGAAUGCCAUGGACAAGAUGGUCGCACUAUCCCCGGGGCCUAAUGAUCUCGAAGCCUUACAUGAGAUUGCAUUCCUGACAGUUGAGAUGCCCAGUGGAAGUGUGGAGUUGUUGCGGCCUACGGAUACAUUCUUCAUUGCAGACCGAAUUGAAUACAGGUCUACAUUUCAAGGCAAGGUUCCCAUCCUCGACUUUUCCCUCGAAGACGUCCGACGGCUGGGCCGGCUACUGAAGUCCCUUUCUCUGGAAGACCGGUAUAUCUCCAGGAUAGUACAGGAGAAGACAAUGGUUGAACAGCCAUCAUCUGAAUCGUCCCUCAGUGAAACAAGGGCAUUCCGGAGAAAGGCGAAGCACAUAUACCGUUGCGCAUUGCAUUACCAUACAGGUAGUCUGGAACUAGAGAACUCGCAGAUACCUCAACAAUUGAUGAAUGCUGUUGUCUAUGAAAGCGAUGGGUUCAAAAAGGUUUCAGCUCUUCAGCUGAACGAAAUUUCAGCUAGCGUACAGAGUGACACGGGUUUAGUGCAUAUCGAUGAUAGUAAUGAGACGCUACGCAUCUAUAUUCCCAGAGAUCGUAGUGACCGUCAGCGUUGCUACUGUCUAGAGCUUCCCAAUGCACUAAUCCGCUUGUUUGGCCUUCGGGACCCCGCCGCAUUCCUAACCUUGCAGUUGGUGUUUGCUUCCUCAGAAGACAUGAUUGACCAUGUGCUAGACGGUAAUGGUAUUAUUCGGAUAUCCGACGAACCUCAAGUAUCAAUAUCGUCAGACUUCGACGGUGACGCUGAGAGCUAUUCUCUCUCCGAUCUCGAGGACAUGGCUAAUCCCCAAGAGACUUCCUAUACACCGCAAUCAACGCCGGCAACAGUGAGGGAACUAUCCUCUAUCUCUAGCUCGACAGAUGGUGACAAUAUGAGAAGAUCAUUGCAUUCUAAUUAUCGACAUGGACAGUUUUCAUCAAUUGCAAACAAUACAGUGAUGUUAAACCAUUCAUCCACUCCUCCAUCAGAAAGAAGCGCCGAGCCCGACACCUCCGAACAAACCUACGUUCAGCUAUUAGACAAGGUUAUACGACUGGCACGACGAGUCACACUUUCUCAAGCGUUACAGCGACCAAAUGUCACAAAUGAGCCAGUAUUCAGACUCCAGGGAGAGACUCAGCUAGAGCAUGAUUUCAAAGUUGGUGCCGCAGGAGAGCUGUUUAUAUUUGAGCUUCUUUUAGCGGAGCUACCAGGGUUCAACCGCACAAACUGGCGAAGCAACAUUCGGAAGAGGGUCAUUGUGCAUCCCGAGUAUCAAGAUAUUACCCCGUGGAAUGGUGCUGAAACCGCAGAUAUAAUAUAUCACGAUAUCAACUCUGCUCUCACGAACACCCUGAUUGAUACAGGGUACCUGUCCAAUGCACAAUGGCAUGGUGCCCGCCCGACGUAUUUCAUAGAGGUGAAGACCACCACGGGAGAACUCGAAAGCUCGUUUUUCAUGAGUAAGGGGCAAUACAGGCGUAUGCAGAGAAUGCAAAUUUGGCCUUCCGAUGGAUUCCCGGACGAGGUCUAUAUGGUUUUCAGGGUAUACCACUUAGGUAGAGACAGUAUGAGAGUGAAAGCUUAUGUUGAUCCUGAGAGCCUACGGCUACAAGGAAGGUUGACAUUUACAUCGGAGACAUACAGCGUCUGCCCCAAUCUGGCAUAA